UCUUCUUCAGUCCACUCUCUCCCAUUCAGGUACCACAGAGCAGAGAGUAGAUAGAGUGGAGAAUAAAAGCCAUUCUGUUCACGUUUUUGUGUAAACUAGAACUAGCUAUAUUUUGUGUGUUUUCAUUAUAUGUUCUCCUUUACAGAAGCCAAAGUAUGAUGACCUUAUCCCGGGAAAAUCAAACGAUGAUAGUGGAGUUUGUUCUUCAAGGAUUCUCUUCCAUCCUACAGCUAAAUAUUUCCCUCUUUAUAGUGUUUUUCAUCUUCUACAUCCUAACUGUUUCUGGAAACAUCCUCAUUGUCCUCCUAGUUCUGUACAACCAUACUUUGCAUACUCCCAUGUACUUUUUUCUAGUGAACCUGUCCUUUCUGGAGGUCUGCUACACCUCCAACAUUGUCCCCAAGAUGUUGCUGAUUAUCAUAGCUGACCAGAAGACUAUCUCAGUGGUUGGCUGCUUGGCACAAUUCUACUUCUUUGGAUCCCUUGCUGCAACAGAGUGCCUCUUGCUUGCAGUAAUGUCCUAUGACCGCUACCUUGCCAUCUGCCAGCCUCUCAGAUAUCCCAUCCUGAUGACUGGCUCUCUCUGCCUAAGGCUGGCUACUGGAUCUUGGUUCUGCUGCUUCCUCCUCACAGCCAUCACCAUGGUCCUGCUGUGUAGACAAACCUUUUGUGGCCCUAAUGAAAUUGACCACUUCUUUUGUGACUUUACCCCUCUGAUCCACCUCUCCUGCAUGGACACUUCACUGACUGAGACCAUUGCCUUUGCCACGUCUUCCGCAGUCACUCUGGUCCCAUUUCUCCUCAUCACAGUUUCUUACUCAUGCAUCCUCAUUGCCAUACUAAGAAUCCCAUCUGGCACUGGCAGGAGGAAGGCUUUCUCCACCUGUUCAUCCCAUCUCACUGUCGUCACAGUAUUUUAUGGAACACUGAUUGCCACAUAUCUUGUGCCCUCUGCCAACUCCUCCCAAUACUUGCGUAAAGGGUUCUCUCUGCUCUAUACUAUCCUGACACCUAUGUUCAAUCCCAUUAUCUAUAGCCUGAGAAACAGAGACAUCCAUGAAGCUUUGAAGAAAUGCCUGAGUAAGAAGCCAGGCUUUCUCAUAUGACAUGAAAAAGAAAAGAGCUA